AUGAAGAACUGUUCCUUCUCACUAAAUCCAUUAGAUUUAUACCAUGCAACACAAGCAUGUCUAUUUAAAUUAACACCAUCAAUUCAAUGGUUUAAACAACAAGCUAUCAUAAAGGCUCAACUUGAUGAUUUUGGAAAUACAGAUGAAAUGAAUUUAAUCGAACAAACUUUCAACUAUCAAACAGAACUUCAAACUUAUGAUCCAUCCAUCUGUCCGAUUCAUUAUUAUGCCCGGCGUGAAUGGUUUGUAAGAAUACUAACUGAACGAUUAAAAAUUGUUCAUAAUUUAAAACUGUAUCCUCAGAUAAAAAAACUAGAAAUUAGAGAAUCUUUAUGUAUUAUGGGUUUACCUCGUACAGGUACAACACUUUUAUAUAAUCUUCUAGCAUUAGAUUCAACUAAAUGGUGUUAUCCAAAACUAUAUGACUGUGUUGCACCAUCAUUACCAGUGGAAAAUAGUGAACAAAAACAAAAAGAUUUCGAUCGAAUUAUAGAGAUUUUUCAGCAGAGGAUAAUGCCCCAAAUGCCCAGUGUCCAUUAUUUUCAUAGUCAAGAACCUGAAGAAUGUAUAAUGUUAUUUUUUCACAUGGGUUUAGAUUUAUUAUCAGCUGUAACCGGCAAAGAUCCAGUACGACUACUCAACUAUUUAUUAGACGAAAAUACUUUUGAUUAUCACUUAUUUUAUGAAUAUCAUCGCGUGUUGUUACAAUUACUAUGUUACAGAAAACAACGAAAUAACUGUUUAUUUAAAUGUCCAUUCCAUUUGUUAGGAUUGAAGUCGUUGGUAUCGGUAUAUCCAAAUUGUAAAAUUCUUAUGAUACAUCGUGAUCCUUUAGAAACUGUGCCAUCAUUAGCAAGUCUAAUGUCAAUUGGUUCACAGACAAAUUAUAUUGAUCUUAACGAGAGUGGAAGGAAAGCAUUACAUGUUAGUGGUUUAUUAGCUGAUCUUAUUGUUAAAAAUGAACAAGAAUCUGAUGCAUCAUCCGGGAAUCAAUUUUAUCACAUUCAAUACAAAGAUUUAAUUCAAAAUCCUGUUGAAACAAUGAAAAAUCUCUUUUCUUUCUAUCAGUUUGAAUAUACAUCAGACUAUGAUCAAUCAUUAAAAUAUUAUUUAAAACAAAAUCCUCAACACAAACAUGGUCAACAUAAAUAUUCAUUAGAAAAAUAUGGUUUAUCCAAACAAGAAAUACAGUUAAGAUUCUAUUAUUAUUGUAAAUUAUUUAAUAUUUCGAAUUCGGAAUCAUAA